CUAGAAUUUUUCCCACAUCAGCACAAUUGACUUGAAAAGAUAGUGCCUUCUGGUUUUGAAUUUAACUCAGAGAGGUGAGUCAUGGGCCAUUCAAUAUCCCCAGUACCAUGUCCUCCAACACCCAUCUCAACAAGACUAGAGAGGAAGACUCAUUCUCAAUCUCUAGGGUUCCAAAGAGUCUGGGCUUGCCAUCAAGGUUGCAAUGAUGACCUACAUGAUAAACUUGUCCAUAGAAGGACUGUGACCUUGGGUUUAGCUGGUGCAAUGUUGAGCUUGAAUGUUGGUGAUCAGAGUGCAAAUGCAGCAGCCAGAAGGGCUCCGCCGCCACCUCCGGAGGAGAAGAAAGACCCCAAUGUGAGUGGUGUCCAGGCAAAAGUUCUAGCCAGCAGAAAAAGGAAGGAAGCUAUGAAAGAAGAGACAGCCAAGCUAAGAGAGAGAGGGAAGCCAAUUAAGGAACCAACUGAGUGAUUCAGCUUAGUUAAGCUGUAUCACUUUGAAAAUUUUCAAUGUAUUUCUUCAGAACAAUCUACAAGUUGUUAUAUUCUCUUUUGAGGGGAGGAGGGAAUAAUGUAUUUAACAAGUAUUAUUAAAGAGAAUCUCAUUCAUUUUGCUA